AUGCGAACAACACCAACACCACGGUUACGGUUUUUCCUUCCCCUUCGUAAUCGUCAUCAUCAAACACCCUCGUCGUACAACGAGCGACAGCCCCUUCUUGAUCAUCAACAAAAACAAAAAAUGACAAUAUGGACAGCAGCUGCGGCAUGUAUAUCGGGUCUUGGCGGCUUGCUAUUUGGUUUUGACUUGGGCGUUGUGGGCGGCUUGUUGAUUGCGCCUUCAUUCCAAACCCAUUUUGGUAUUGACCCCAAUGACAAGAUACGGGAAGCUGAUAUCAAUGGCAACAUUGUGGCCAUCUUACAAAUCGGAUGCUUGUUUGGAAGUCUUGCCGCCACGUUGACAGCAGACAAAGCUGGACGUAAAUGGAGCAUCGUAUUUUCAGCAGCCGUAUUUUGUGUUGGCGGCAUUCUUCAAGUGGUGGCUGUAAACCUUGGGAUGUUGUAUGCAGGAAGACUCAUUGCUGGUCUUGGGGUGGGUGCAUUAAGCAUGCUUGUGCCGGUCUAUGUUGCAGAGAUCGCACAUCAAUCUCAGCGAGGAUUGCUUGGUGGAUUAUGGCAAUUUUUCAUUGCAGCUGGAUUAGCGCUGUCGUAUUGGACCAAUUACAUUGUACAGCGAGUCGUUACGGAUGACCAAGAUAAUGCAUUGUGGCAGGUGCCGCUCAUUGUGCAAACGAUCCCUGGUGGGAUGUUGUUGGUGGGUAUGUUGGUGCUCUUCGAAACGCCUAGGCAGCUCGUUGCACAUGGGCAUAUGGAUCAAGCCAAACAGGUGAUUGCCAAGAUUCGUGGUUGGCCAGUAGCCGAUCCUCGUGUCAAUACCGAGCUUGAAUUCAUCCAUAAUGGUAUGCGAGAACAAGUCGUGGAUGAAACAAGAUCAACAUGGCGUACAUGGCGACUUGUAUUUUCGCGUGACAAUAUGCGGCGUUUGCUUGUGGGAAGUGCUCUUCAAGCAUUCCAACAGCUUACUGGUACCAAUGUUAUCAACUAUUACAGCCCAAUUAUCUUUCGAUCCAUUGGUCUUUCUUCCAACACUGCAGAACUCUUGGCUACGGGAGUAUACGGCUUGGUCAAAAUGUCGGUUACCCUCAUCGCAUUCUCGUGGAUGGUGGAUCGUUAUGGUCGACGCAAGCUGUUGAUUGGUGGUGGCACAGCUCUGUGUACUUGCAUGUUGUCAGUUGCCAUUUGUGUAAGCACACUACCAAUUCAAACAACAUCCACCAACACUGAUGUCAGCCCCGCGUCUUAUGCCGGCAUCGUGUUCAUGUAUUUGUAUGCAAUCUGCUUUGCACUUUCGUGGGGUCCAAUCCCGUGGAUUUACUGCUCUGAGAUCUAUCCAAUGGCGUUGCGAGCCAAGAGCACAUCAAUCACCACUGCCAUCAAUUGGGUAUUCAAUGCUGUGGUGGGAAAGUUUAGCCCAUUACUCCUUGCACAAAGCACCAUAGGCACAUACAUCUUUUUUGGGUUAUUUUGUCUGGUGAGCGCUGUAUUCUCGUUCUUUUAUGUCCCUGAAACAAAGGGCAAAACAUUAGAAGAGAUGCAAGUGAUAUUUGAGACGUCCGCACGAUCAUCCAACAAUCCCCCAGCCGAUAUUGAAAAUGAAGUGGAUGCACAAAAGCAUGCAAGAUGA